AACUAAUUGUCCGGCUGAACUAAUUGCCCGGCGAUCUAACAUAGAACAAGUAGAGAUGGGGAACAUAUUUGUGAAGAAACCUAAAAUCACCGACGUUGACCGAGCAAUUCUCUCCCUCAAAACCCAACGCCGCAAGCUCGCUCAAUAUCAACAAAAGCUUGAAGAAGUUAUUGAAGCGGAAAAGGAAGCUGCUAAAGAGUUGGUUCGUCAGAAGAGAAAGGACAGAGCUUUGUUAGCCUUGAAGAAGAAGAAAACACAAGAAGAAUUGCUUAAACAAGUAGAUACAUGGCUCAUUAAUGUUGAGCAACAAUUGGCGGAUAUUGAACUAGCCAGCAAGCAGAAAGCUGUAUUUGAGAGUUUAAAAUCAGGUACUGAUGCAGUUAAGGCGAUUCAAAGCGAGAUCAAUCUGGAUGAUGUCCAAAAGCUUAUGGAUGACACCGAGGAAGCUAAAGCUUAUCAAGAUGAAAUUAAUGCCAUAUUGGGGGACAAACUAUCAGCAGAGGACGAAGAAGAAGUCUUAGCUGAAUUUGAGAACUUAGAAAUCCAGAUGGCCGUUGAAGACAUGCCAGAAGUACCUACGCCAGUGCCAUCCAAGGAGCAUGAGGAAAAGUUGGAUCUUCCUGAUGUACCAACCAAACCACCAGUUGCUCCGCUUGCAGUUGCAGAUGAAGACAUAAUUAUACCGACUGAAGCUUCUACGAAGAGAAAAGUUUUGGAGGAACCAUUGCCUGCAUAAUUUGGGAGCAUAGUUAAAUCAGCAAACCAGUCACGUGAGGCUUUUGACCAUCCUUGAUUAUGUCAUCAACAUAUUUUUCUUCACAAAUUCUUGACUUCAAUUUAGCGGAAUCUCGCAAUUUUGAGUCGCAAACAAACUCGCUAGAUGUGUUGAUAUUGGUAAAAGAACCAUAUACCGUGUAUAUAUGGUGUUUGCAUUAGUUAGGUUUUCAAUGCAAUAGAACUUUGUUCUCUCGGUGAUGUUUCUUGACGUUGUAAAUACUAAUGCCAGCAGUAUACUUACUCCUAUUGGCAUAGUCUUACUAUGCUGGAAGUGUAAGAAAUCAUACGUGAGCUUCAAAUUCGAUAUGAAUCAUCUAGCACAUAACCUAGUUAUGAGAUAUAAGAUGUUCAUUUGACAAAAAAAACCGGUAGUCGAGUACCUGUAACAUCUCUUAGUGCAGGUCUGCGUCGAAACAGUAUUUGAAAUGUGUCUGGGACCGAGCUUGAGUUGAUUUUGUUUGUGCAAACAGAUGAAAUUUAAAUAAGUCUUUAUUCUAGUUAA